UACCUCUCUAAUUCUCUCUGGUGGAUCCAGCGACUGCAAGUACUUGGUCCAAAGAUCGUGGAUCUUUGAACCCCAUAAGAAACUGCUCUUCUUGGGUAGAUGCAAACACAUUUUUUAUAAACUCUUUGAAUUUAUUUGUGUGAGGGAGCGACUGCAAGAUGGUAGCUUCACAUAGCUGGCUGUUAGGCCUUAUCGUAGCUCUGCUUUGCACUGGACCAUUCAGGGAUUCUGUACAGGCUGAAGAAAGGCUGCGAAAUGAGGAAGCCGAGGUGCUGAGUGGUCUGGACCCUACUGGAGGUGAGAAAGAGGAGGUGGCUGAUCAGGAGGAGGUCGGAGAUGUAUCUGAAGAAGUGGGAGGAGAUGGGGAAACAGACGAUGCUGAAAAUGAAGACGAUGGAGAGGAAGUUAAUGAGGAAGAAGGAUUUAGAGAUGAAGAGGAAGAAGAAGAAUACACAGAGGAAGAGGUAGAAGUAGCAGAAGAGGAGGAGGAAGAGGAUGUAGAAGUAGAGGAAGGAUUAGCAGUAGAAGAGGAUUCAGCACAACGGAUAACAGAGGAAGAAGAAACCGCUGCAGAAGAGGGAGCAGAUGAAGAGGAAGUAGCAGAGGAAGAUGAGGCAGGAGUAAUAGAUGAAGAGGAAGCAGCAGAGGAGGAAGAAGAGGAGGAAUACAUAGAGGAAGAUGUAGAAGUAGAGGAAGGAUUAGCAGAAGAAGAGGAUUCAGCACAACAGAUAACAGAGGAAGAAGAAACAGCCACAGAGGAUGAGGGAGCACCAGGUGAGGAAGAGGAAGAGGCAGAUGAGAAGGAAACUGCUGAUGAAGAUAACAAGGAGGCUGGAGAUGAAGGUGAAGAUACUGUUGAAGAAACUGCCAAUGAGGAAAAUGUAGAGGGAGAAGAGAUGGUCUCCACGAAGGAUGUAAUGUAUAGCUCAGGCUCUUUCUGUGCCCUUUGCUCACUCUGUGAGCACUGCGGUACCUGUGAAAAAUGUCCUUGUGAGGAAGGGGACACAUCAGCACACUGCAAUCACUGUGAAGAUUGUUUCUACUGUUACAUUUGUCCUGUGAUCUGUGAAACGGUCUGCCAGCCAGGUGGAAUUCUUGAUGUACUGAGUGGUUCUCUCUACCAGAAGAUGAACACGUUGAUCUGAAUACGUUCAGGAUUCUUCACAGCGCCAUCUCUUGGUGAACAGAGGAACUACAGACUAGCGCUCAAAUCAUUCAUUUGUAGGCCUGUCUAUUUGACUGGCAAGAUCUAGGGAUUCUCAUUCUGAGGCCAGCGAAGAGAGUGGACAACUUAUCUUAAAUAUAAGGAAGAAACUGUCAGGACCCUAAUGUUUACCAUUUAAUGGCACUUUAAAUGUGACUUUACAAGCUGCAUUAAAUGAAUAACAAAUAUGGUUAUGUGCUAAUCUCAUUUAGUACUUAUAUAAUAUUUGACUAUAACUGUUUUUGACUGUAUU